CAGUUGUGUUGUGCAUGAGAUUGCAGGUAGGACAUGCAGGGCAGAGUUGUCGAGGGCUUGGGGGGAGAGCCUCACUCAUCUGCCAGUGUUGGGUACAGCCUUCAGUCACACCAGGAGAGGAAGUUGCAUCCCAUCCUGGCAUGCAGUCUCAACUUGGUCGUCAUCAAGGUGCUGGCUGCAAAUAUAUCCCGCCAACACGGGCGUGCGAGAGUGGAAGAAAGCCCUGCUCAGAGCCCCGUCUGUUCUCUCGGGUGCCAUGACUCGUUUGCGUCUCGUGAACCAAGCCUCCGCCGCUCAGUAUUGCACAUCCCGCUUGAUCACAAACACACCGACGGCAUCUUGGCGGGCGGGCAGUGUGGUCAGCACCGUGACAUUCGCGCCAACCCCAACGGCAGGAAGGUCUUGAAGCCUUUCAGUAAGCAGGUAAAUACGCGCAGAAGAAUCUGGCCGAAUCCGAACCCGGGUACGCAUUGAUUGUGGGGGUUGAAGUCCAUUCAAAGUCAGCCUGGCAGCUGCCUUGGGAGCUUGGCAGGCCGAUCCUGGGGCGGCUCAUGGCAUGUAAACAU